AUGGCAUCGUCAUCAGGCAUUUUUGGAGAGAAAGCAGGAGGUAUUGGAUCAAGUGUGCCACCAAUGAAGGUCUCCUCUUUCAUGGAGCACAUUGAUCGCCUCAAGGAAGAGUUUACUUUUAUGCAUAAUCAACUACAGCAACAACGAAAUGAAUUGGAAAAACUUAACGCCGAGAAAGAGAAUAUGCAGCGUCAUUAUAUGCUAUAUUACGAGUUUCAAUGUGGAAUGAAUAUGGAAAUCCAAAAGCAAAGUGAAUUGUGUAAACGAUAUACCGCCAUCAUCACGCAGCUUCUUCCCUUUCUUCCGCCCGAACACGCUCAACAAGCUGUAACAGCAAUGGAGCGAGCAAAACAGAUUUCCGCCCAAGAAGUUGGUCAGUUAAUGCAGUCAAAUGCUCACUCACAACAAAUGGCAGCAAUGAUGCCCGCUAUGGCCGGAUUACCCGGUGCAUUGGGUAUGCCUCCUGUGGGCUUCCAACAAGCACUUGCAGCUGCUGCUAUGGGUGCUGCACAUCGUGUACCUGAAGCUAGUUCUUCGACGGCUCCUCCUGACCGGCAUGAUCAGCCAAGCAGGCAGUCCAGUUCACGUCCACGCUCUAUUUCUCCUAACGGUUCGACAUCAAAACGGAUGAAGGUUGAUGAAGAUGCAGAUGGUGAAGGGGAACUGGAAAUUGAUGUUCAAAAUGAUGACGCCGGUGCUGCUGGUCAUUCGAAUGGCACCAGCAGUGCUCCUCCUUCAUCCAUAAAAGCCCCCAAAGCAGACGGCCGAGAUUCUACAAAUAGUGUUGCAUCAAGUGGUGCUAGUACGCCAGGACCGAAGGCUCGAAAUCCAUUGGAACAAAUGGGACUGCCUGGUGGAGUUUUCGGGAAUCUAGGUAUGAAUAUGAAUCCGCUUGCAGCAGCGUUUAGUCGCGGUGGUUUACCUCCUAUCUUCGACCAGCAUGCUCAGGCACGGAUGGCUGCUGGUAUGGGAUUAGGAGGCCCUGCUGGAGGGCUCUUGAAUGGCAAACCAGCUUAUUCGUUUCGUACUGUUGAUGGCGGUGUAUUGCAACCAACCGUAUUUCCCAGUGAUGCCUUCAACGCUCCCGGUAUACCUAAAAGCGUGAAUCGGAAGUUUGAGCUUCCUCACGGCGAGGUCGUCUGCGCUGUUACAAUAGCUAAAGAUAACAGAAGCGUUUACACGGGCGGUAAAGGUUGUGUGAAGAUAUGGGAUAUAACUCGUACUCCCGAAAAUUUGCGAACGCCCGUUUCUACGUUGGAAUGCUUGCAAGGGAAUUAUAUUCGGUCGUGCAAAUUAUCAGCUGAUAGCUCUAGUCUCAUUGUUGGUGGAGAAGCAAAUAUAAUCACGAUAUGGGAUUUGCAGACAGGCACAAUUCGAGCAGAGCUUGACAGCGAGUCACAGGCUUGCUACGCAUUGGCUCUCUCUCAUGAUCAUAAGUUGCUGUUUGCAUGCUGUGCUGAUGGAAAUAUCGUUGUGUGGGAUAUCGAGUCGCGAACCAAGGUCACUUCACUACCGGGACAUCAAGAAGGAGCCUCAUGCAUUGAUCUCUCUUCCGAUGGAAGCCGACUUUGGACCGGUGGUCUGGAUAACACUGUCAGGACGUGGGAUCUCCGAGAACGACGGCAACUUAAUCAAUUCGACUUCCCAAGCCAAAUCUUUAGUCUUGGAUGCUGCCCUACAGAAGAUUGGGUCGCAGUGGGAAUGGAAAAUAACAAUGUUGAAGUCUUGAAUACUACUCGCUCAGAGAAAUAUCAGCUGCAUCAGCACGAAUCAUGCGUUUUGUCGUUGAAAUUUGCCCAUUCUGGACGGUGGUUCGUCUCAACGGGGAAGGAUAACGUGCUGAAUGCAUGGAGGACUCCUUAUGGUGCAUCUCUGCUUCAAGCAAAGGAGUCGUCAUCAGUGCUGUCAUGUGACAUUGCCAGCGAUGACUCGCUCAUCGUGACGGGUUCAGGCGAGAAGAAGGCGACUGUCUACGAAGUUACCACUUACAGCUAAGUUAAAAGAACUCGGUUACAUUUGCAACCAGGAGUUCGCAGAUUCCGCUGCGUCUUCCUUUCCCCUUGUAUCAAUUCCUGUCAUUCAUGCUCGAGCCUCGUUGUUGAUUGUUUGUGCGAGUACUACCUGUGGUGUCAGAAUUGAUUCAUUGUAUGUCACCCAAUUAAACUCUUACCCUUCCCUUUUUUGGAAGUACUAUAUUUGUACAUCUAAUUUUAUUUGCAGUAAGUUCUAUAUUGAUAUUGCUGUUUAUGUAAUUUUUGAUUGUACUGAUUUCUCUGUUCGUAGCAUUCUUUGAUAGUAUUUUGGCUUCCUACGUUUGCAGAGGCGUUUCACAUUUUUUACCCUUUCUUUCCAUGAAAUUGAGUCGUAAUCAAGGUUUAACCGAUUGUUUCAAUCGAUACUGUUGCGGGCGCACUCUCCACGUGCUUAUGAUGAUUUUAUCGAUUUAUCCCUGUGCCGCAUUCUCACUUUCGUUGUAUCUCAUUCCUUUUCGUUCAUCUUCGCAAACAGCCCGAAUCACUGGAGUCAUCUCUCCCACUCUCUCACUCUUGACUAAUUGUGUUCGGCCGAUCGGUGGCGGUUUACCAGCGACGGCUGCCCUUCGGAUCAUUAUGGCCAUAGUGAUGGAGUGGAAUAUUUAUUUCAAAAUGUCUUGCUAUGUCGAUGGUCACGAGAUAAAUCUAGCUGGUGCACGUUGUUCUCGGUAGUUUUGUUGUGAAUUACGCACUGAUCUAUGAUGCAUCUCAGAUGAUUGUCUCAAAACAUUCAUUCUGAUGUUAAUAAAACUUGAAAACAUUU